GUAAUAAACCUUUACUUCGGAAACAAUAGACAUUGGACUGUUACAUGAAUUUCAAUAGCUCGAAAUUCACCUUUUAUUUGUACCGGCAUGGGAAAACCCAAUUGAUGUUAAUUCCGGGCUAUAUUUUUGACUUUGUAAAAGAACUGCAAGUGUUCAUUUCACGAAUGCGAGUGUCGACUGUACGAUUGCAGGUUUACAUACUGUAUGCAUGAUUCGACUUUCUAAAUUACAUCAUCAUAUUGUUCAAGGCAAGUUAUACGAUCGAUGUUUUAGUGAGUUUAUACAGUCUAGGUCUGGCAAAUAACCAUUUUGUACCCUAUAAUGACAAAUGUAAACUCAAAUACGGAAAAACUGACGCAUAGAACAACAAAUAGCACGUCUACAUUGACAUAUGUAAGAUAUAUUUUGAACGAUUAAGAAGCACAUUGUGGGAAUUAACACGUUUGGCAACGAAUAGCCUCCAUAUGACUCAUCUCGUGUCUGUGCUAUAUUUAGACUGAACUAUAUUUACACCUCAAACUGAUAUACAUUAGCGUAUAAAGUGAAACGGGGUUUACAUCUACUAAAUAACGGACCGUAUUUCCUGAAAUCAGAAUGAGUGUUUCUCAAAAAGAGCUGAGAGAAAUAAGAAUAAUCGCAGACUGGAAUUUUAGAAAUGGAUACAGACGUCUUCCGCUAUUGACGUUGAUCAGCUGAUGAGAACUAUACAUUAAAAACCUGUCUCCAAUAAUUGAAUGUCCGUUCAGUGUUGACUUGUGAAUAGAUAAAAGAUCAAACUAAUUAUUUCUAUACGUAUUAACUAUCCUCCCUAAGAACAAAUUUUAUUGGGAAAGCAAGGAUAUAACUCGGAUCCCUGAAAACAACAGCAUCAUUUCAUUGGAUAAUGCCACACCUAAAUCAUUUGUAUGAGUAUGUGGAACGGAAGACUGGGUCAGUGUUUGCUCGCUAUGGCCGAUUUGUUGCUUGCUACCCCUGGCAAGUAAUCUUUGUUACCCUCCUUGUGAACGGUGGUCUUGGAAUAGGAAUGAUCAAGUUGCAGUCUGAUAUCAAGGCCCAAAAUGUGUACCUGCCACAAGGCACGCAGUCACGUGACGAUCAGUCUGUAAUGGAAGAUACCUUUCCCGAUCUGAGUGGCAAAAACUACCACAGUCUCCAGGACGUUUUGUUCGAGCAGUACUGGGCGCGUGUCAUAGUCAAGGGCACAUCUGGUAACCUGUUGUCCCGGACAAUGCUGCAGGAGGUUAGCGACAUAAACAAGCAAAUACAAACAAUAUCCGUUACCGAUGACACUGGAAAUAAUUCUAAGUUUUCAGAUCUGUGUGUAAGAGCAUACGACGCAUGUGCAGUUGAUGGUUCAAUAUUUUGGGAUGCAGACUUCUUGACGGCAGUCGACCAUGGAACUGUAUCAUAUCCUGCUUUUAUAUCCACAACAGUUGGCAGCGUAAAUUAUGCUUCGCGGCUUGGUGGGGCGAAGUCCUUUGAUGCCAACAGCUAUCUUACAAAAAUGGAAUACAUUCAACUGGGCUAUGCACUUCGCACGGACACGGGACAGAAAGCAACUGUUAAGAAAUGGAUGGAUGCAUUCGUAGAAAAACUGUCUAGUUUUAGUUCCGACAAGCUUGACAUUGCAUACGGUCACUUUUCGUCCUUGGAUGAGGAACUAGACAAAAACGUGAACGGAGACAUUGCUCUGUUCUCGGUUACAAUCACUCUGAUGCUCACGUAUGCCUGUGUGGCUACAUUUUCAUUCAGGGACUCUGUUAGCCAGCGAUCAAUACUUGGAUUUGCCGGUAUUCUAGCUGCCGGACUUGCUAUUAUUGCAAGUUUUGGACUUUGCUCCAUUAUCGGUGUGGACUUUGUCAGCAUUGUCGGUGUUGUGCCUUUCCUUGUUAUUGGUAUUGGUAUAGACGACAUGUUCAUCCUGCUCUCGGGAAUGUCGGGAGCACAGGGGGAGACAACAAUUGAGAAUAAGAUGGCAGAAGCCCUGAGGUCCUCGGGGGUUGGGAUAACAAUUACCUCCAUCACUGACCUCAUCGCCUUCUUGGCCGGGGUCGGAUCCAGUUUCCUGGCGGUCAGAAACUUCUGUAUUUAUACAGCUGUUGCCGUUGUAUUCUGCUACAUCAACAACAUCAGUCUCUUUGCUGCCUGUUUGACAAUCAAUGAACGUCGAGUGGAACAGAACAGACAUUUUUUCACUUGCAGGCGCGUGAAACCAAAAGAAGAACUAAAGGCAAUAGGGAAAUCCAAUUUGUAUGCCAUCUGUUGUGGUGGCUCCCCUCCUAAUAAUAGAAAUGAUGCAGAAAGUUUUUUAGACAAAUUUCCUCGUUGGUUGUUUCCGAAAGUAGUUCUUAAGCUCCCAUUCAAAAUCAUCAUAAUUGUAUUAUUUGUUUGCUACUUGGCAUUUGGAAUUUAUGGCUGUGUUAAUUUGAAACAAGGACUUAACUUAUCACAAUUGGUACAAGACGAUUCCUAUUUUUACAAAUACUCAACCAGGCUUGAGACAUAUUUCAGUAGACAAACUCCAGUAGCUUUUGUUACGAUCAAUGACUAUACGUACAGUGACUUCGACACAAAGAACCAAAUAAACAGUGUAAUAAAGACAGCUCAAGAUCAUGAAUAUUUUGACGACACUUUUGAGCACAACUGGCUGAAUACCUACAUGGCAAGUACGUACUACGAUGGAUCUAGUGAAUCAGACUUUAUUGCUGGCUUUAAAAGUUUCAUAAGUGACAGAAGGUAUUCUAGAUUUGAAAAUGAUGUUGUAUUUGAUUCUAAUGAAAGAAGAAUUGCAGCGUCCAAGUUCUAUGUCCUCAGUAGUGAUUUGUCAGACAGUCAAGAAGAAGGGAAAAUGAUGCUUAAAGCUCGUGAAAUUGCAGACAGGGAAAAAUUCCAAUGUUUUGCGUCUUCGCCAGCUUUUAUCGCAUUUGAGCAGUACGUUCGCAUUCUAGGACAAACGUUACAAACAGUGGGCAUUGCACUCGCCGCUGUUUUUGUUGUAACUUGUUUUUUUAUGCCCCACCCGGUGUUGAUAGUGUUUGUGACUCUUGCCGUUACCAUGAUUAUGGUUGGCGUCUUUGGUUAUAUGCUGUACAUUGAUGUCGCUUUAAGUGCCAUAACUAUGAUUCAUUUAAUCAUGAGUAUAGGUUUCUCCAUAGAUUUCACUGCACACAUUUGUCACGGGUAUAUGAUAUCAACGGGGGUAAGUAGGGACGAAAGGGUUCGACAGGCUUUUGACCACACAGGUGCACCCAUAUUUCAUGGAGCAAUGUCGUCGCUUAUAGGUGUUGUUGUACUUUAUUUUGCCAAGUCCUACAUAUUCAAAACAUUUGCAUUUGUAAUGUCCUUUGUCCUACUCUUUGGCAUUGCGCAUGCUCUAUUACUUCUUCCUGUUAUUCUGUCAUGGCGAGGACCAGGAAGGUUAACAGUAUCAAAUGAACUUAAAGGCAAAACAGAACAAGUGGAAAAAGAAACGGAAGUUUUCCUCUGAUCCAUCUGCAAAAAGUCCUAAGAUAUCGAGAGCGUUUUCCCAGAACAAGAUAACCUAAUGGAAUUCAACAAGCACCUUGAACCUAUGAAAGGAGGCGAUUGUGUCUGGACAAAAUCGAAUAAAUCGUGAUAGUAAUAAUAAAUAGAAAUGUCUUGAUGUAGGGAAGAUGACACAUUAAGACAAAUAACUAUACAUAAAUUCAUUUUAUACAAUGUUGUAUAUAUGCAUACAUAAUUAUAUAACAUAACAACAAACAAUGAUCUUUAAACGUGAAAAUACUUUCUACGCAAAUCAUAUAACAUGCACUCUGAUCAUUAAUAACAAUAUCAACACCAGCCUCAAACUAUAUGAAUUAUCAAUUUUUAGCUCGACUUUUCAAAGAAAAAGAAGAGCUAUACUACUCACCCUGGCGUCGGCGUCGGUGUUGGCGUCACACCUUGGUUAAGGUUUUGCAUGUAAGCACCUUUAAGUCAUUAUCUCAGUUAAUACAUCAGUUAUUGCAUUGAAACUUUGGAUAUGUAUUCCUAACUAUCUAACAUACUAAAUUAAUGAAGUUAGACAACAAUUAUUUGAAUAUAAUGCAAAUAAUAGGCCUUUAUUAUUCGACUUAGAAAUUCUGGUUAAGGUUUUGUAUGUAAGCACACAUAGGUUAAUAUCUCAGCAACUACUUGAGGUAUUGCAUUGAUACUUGAUUCAAUGGUACUCAACCAUCCAACCUACUAAAUUAACCAAGUUAGAUAACUCUUGUUUGCAUUUAAUGCAAAUAAUUGCCCUUUAUUAUUCGACUUAGAAAUUCUGGUUAAGGUUUUGCAUGUAAGCACACAUAGGUUAAUAUCUCAGCAACUACUUGAGGUAUUGCAUUGAGACUUUAUACAAUGGUAGUCAACCAUCCAACCUACUAAAUUAACCAAGUUAGAUAACUCUAGUUUGCAUUUAAUGCAAAAUAAUUGCCCUUUAUUAUUUGACUUAGAAAUUCUGGUUAAGGUUUUCCAUGUUACCACCAUUUAAGUCAAUAUCUCAGCAACUACUUGAGGUAUUGCAUUGAAACAUUAGAUAUGAAUUCCCAGAAAACACUUUUUGAAUAUAAUGCAAAUUAUGGGCCUUUAUUAUUUGACUUAGAAAUUCUGGUUAAGGUUUUGCAUGUAAGCACACAUAGGUUAAUAUCUCAGCAAUUACUUGAUGGAUUGCAUUGAGUCUUUAUACAAUGGUACUCAACCAUCCAAUCUACUUAAAUAACCAAGUAAGAUAACUCCAGUUUGCAUUAAAUUAAAAUAAUGGCCCCUUUUUUAUUCGACAUAGAAAAUUCUGGUUAAGGUUUUGCAUGUAACCACUUUUAAGUCGAAACCUCAGCGAAUAUUUAACCUUCUUAUUUAAUCAAGUAAGAUAACUCUAUCUUUUAUAAUAUAUAAUUUUUGCCCCUGUAUUAUGCGACUUAAACAUUCUGGUUAAGGUCUUGCAUGUUAGCACACAUAGGAUAAUAUCUCAGCAACUACUUGAUGUGUUGCAUUGAGACUUUAUACAAUGGUAUUCAACCACCCAACUUAAUUGAAUAACCAAGUUAGAUAACUGCAUUUUGCAAAUAAUGCCCCUUUAUUAUUAGACUUAGAAAUUCUCGUUAAAUUUUGCAUGGAACCACAUUUAUGUUAAUAUCUCAGCACACCAUGUAUUGCAUUGCAAUCUAAUCUAACAGUGAUCCAUGCAUGUUUCGCCAAAACUUUUCAAUGCAUACAUUGAAAAGCGGCUGAAUAGUCGAGCGCGCUGUCUCUGUGACAGCUCUUGUUAACAUUAUAACAUAAGCACUGAUUUAAAAGUAACAGAACAACCUCAUGGAAUCCUUAUUUCUGAUAAUGGGGGGGGGGGGGGGUAUUCCAUAUUUUCAUUGCAACAUAUAAUAAGCAUUGAGUACAUCAAAAGAUCGCCAUUCUAACUCCUGAAUAAGUGCAGGAAAAGGUGUACGAAAAAGUUUUCGAAAAAGUAUUUUAGUAGUGUUUUUGUAGACUUCCUAUUUUGGAUUUGCUGGACUUAUUGCUUAUUGAUGACCGUGUCUGACUUUUUUUCACAUUCAUCUUAAAAUUUGUUUGCUUUCAUUUCCACAUCUUUUAAGUCGUUGCGGACAAAUGUAUCUGAUGUUUAAUUCUGUCAAUGUCAUCUUGAAGUUGUUAAAAUUGUUUAGUCUUAGUUUGGAUCCGGACUGGAAACACACAAUUGAUUUCGUGCGUACCUUAAAUUAUCCAUUUGUUUAAAAAAGGACUAAAAAAACGCAUAAAAAGUUUAAAGUUAUCGUCAAAUAGUUCCUCUAGAAGUGGCUUGUUGUUGCGCUUGACUCAUCUGGCUUGGAUGAAAUUUUCCAUCACGGUCAAAUUCACCGGAAAUAUCUGUCCAGCUUGCAAGAAAAACGUUUAUGUGAAUGUUGUUUUGAGUUUCUGUAGAAAACAAAACAAACUACGCUAUUUUUGACAACUCUAUUAUUACAGAGGGAUUAUUAGUUGUAUUACAUGUUGAUUAUAUAUGUCAUUAUUUGUCGUAAGGCGUGUCAUAUUUUAAACUUUGAUAUUACUUGGUAUUAUUAUUUAUUAUUUUAAGUAUUUUCUUGUAUUUCUUGUCAGCUCUUUUAUAUUUGCAUUUGUUAACCAGGUUUUCGACGAAAACCGGGUUAUAAGAAUGGUGGGUGUCGUUGGCUGGGCGGUCGUCACACAAGUUUAGUUUUGUUAAUCAUAUGAACACCAAACUCGUUGUAUAUUAAAAACAUGUGGAGAGCUGGCUUGGGAUUGCUUUUGGGUCCGUUACGUGAAAGUUUAAGGUCACUUAUUAUUUAUAGAAAUUUGGUUUCCGGCGAUUAAUUUGAGUUUUGGUCAUCAUAUGGACACCAAACUUGAUGUAUGUUAAAAACAUGUAGAGUGCUCGCUUGUGAUUUUUUCGGGCUCCGUUCCAUUGAAGGCACUGUUUACAAAAGAAUAUGUCACUUACGGCACCUUUGCAGCAUUGAUGAUCAUUAUGUAUUCAUUAUACAAAUACAACAUUGGCGGGCAGCGUUAAACUUACCUUUGGUAUUGAAUAAUUUUAGUUAGAUUUGACGUAUACUGACCAAACUUGGAAUAUAUAAACAGUUAUGGCGACCUUUCAUGGAAUUGCGUUUGGGGGGUCAAGGUUAGGUCACUGUUACUAAAAAUAUGAAAAACAGUUGGUAUUAAAUAACUUUAGUUAGGGUUGACAUAUUGCGACCAAAUUUAGUAUAUAUAGGAAGAGUUUAUGGAGACCUUUCAUGGGAUUUCGUUUGGGGCCUCUAGGAUCAAGGUCAAGGUCACUGCAAUCUCAUUAAAAUCAUAUCGUGACGUUCACUUCAUUUCAUUACGUUAUGUACGAUGAUCUACAUAGCGUAACGUCGUGAAGCGUGUAUUGGGGAUCUGAUUUUAAUGAGAUUGAGGUCACUGUUACUGAACGACAAAAACGGGUCAAACUGAAUAGCUUUAGUUAGGGUCGAUAUAUUGAGACCAAACUUGGUAUGUAGGAGGACUUUCAUGUUAUCGCGUUUUGGGCCCCUAGGGUCAAGUUCAAGGUCAUUGUUAUCAAAAAAUAGAAAAACAGAGGAAACUGAAUCUCACAACAAAGACUGAAGUUCUUCAGUCAAUCAUUGAAAACCUGGUUCGUCGCUUUGCGAUGCUUCUUGUUUAUUUUUUCAAAGCUAUUAAAUGGUGAAAAAAAUUGUAUUCUCAUCACUCGAUACACCAUCUUAGCCCUAAAUUUAUAUUAUUGCCCAUGAUAGAAUUUGAGGUUGUAACUCUUUUUUACUUAUUGUUUUUGGCUUUUGACAGGCAUAUUUAUAUUUUUAACCAGGCUUUCACAAAGUCAAAAAGUGAAACCCGGUUAUUAGAAUUACGCACUUCGUUGCUCGGGUGUGCAUGCGGCGGUGCCGCCACAAACUCACCUAUGGUAUCGAAUAAUUAUGCCCCCCUUCGAAGAAGAGGGGUAUAUUGCUUUGCACAGGCAUGUCGGUCAGUCGGUCGGUCCGUCCGUCGGUAGACCAAAGCUUGUCCGAGUGAUACCUCAACAAUUCCUGGACGUAUGGUCAUCAAACUUGACAUGAAGGUUGGGCCUGACCAGCAGAUGACCCCUAGUGAUUUUAGGGCUAAUCGGGUCAAAGUCAAGGUCACAGUGACCUUAAAUGGUAAUUUUUUUUAAAGCUUGUCCGAGUGAUAAUUCAACAAUGCCUAGACCUAUGGUCAUCAAACUUGAUAUGGAAGUUGAGCCUGAUCAUUAGAUAACCCCUAUUGUUUUUGGGGGUCAUCGGGCCAAAGGUCAAGGUCACAGUGACCUUGAAUGGUAAAAGGAUGUCCGAGUGAUAACUCGACAAUGCCUGCACCCUUGGCCCUCAUUUUUGACUUGGAGGUUGGGCCUGACCAGUAGCUGACCCCUAUUGCUUUUGGGGCUCAUCGGGUCAAAGAUCAAGGUCAUAGUGACAUUGAAUGGUAAAAGGUUGUCCGAGUGAUAACUCAACAAUGCCUGCACCCAUGGCCCUCAUAAUUGACUUGGAGGUUGGGCCUGACCAGUAGAUGAACCCUAUUGUUUUUGGGGGACAUCGGGCCAAAGGUCAAGGUCACAGUGACCUUGAAUGGUAAAAGGUUGUCCAUGUGAUAACUCGACAAUGCCUUCACCCAUGGCCCUCAAACUUGACUUGGAGGUUGGGCCUGACCAGUAGAUGACCCCUAUUGUUUUUGGGGGUCAUCGGGCCAAAGGUCAAGGUCACAGUGACCUUGAAUGGUAAAAGGUUGUCCGUGUCAUUACUCGACAAUGCCUGCACCUUUGGCCCUCAAACUUGACUUGGAGGUUGGGCCUGACCAGUAGAUGACCCCUAAUGUUUUGGGGGGUCAUCGGGCCAAAGGUCAAGGUCACAGCGACCUUGAAUGGUAAAAGGUUGUCUGAGUGAUAACUCGACAAUGCCUGCACCCACGGCCAUCAAACUUGAAUUGGAGGUUGGGCCUGACCAGUAGAUGGCCCCUAUUGAUUUUAGGGGUCAUUGGGCCAAAGGUCAAGGUAACAGUGAAUUUGAACGAUAAAAGGUUGCCCGAGUGAUAACUCAACAAUGCCUGCGCCCAUGGCCAUCAAACUUGAAUUGGAGGUUGGGCCUGACCAGUAGAUGACCCUAUUGAUUUAAGGGGUCAGAGGUCAAGGUCACAGUGACCUUGAAAGCAAACUCGACAAUUCAAGGACCUAUGGUCAUCAAACUCGACAUGAAGGUUGGGCCUGACCAGUAGAUGACCCCUCUUGACUUUGGGGGUCAUCAGGCCAAGGUGAAGGUCACAGUAACCUUUAACGCAAAAAAGUGAACAAAUCUUCUCCCAGUGAUAUCUCAACAAUGCCUGAAUCUAUGAUCAUCAAACUUGACAUGUAAGUUGGGCCUGACCAGGAGAUGACCCUUAUUGAUUUAGGAGUCAUUGGGUCAAAGGUCAGGUUCACAGGGACCUUGAAUGCGAAAAUGUUUCAAGUGAUAAUUGGACAAUGCCUGCACCCAUGGCCCUCAAACUUGACUUGGAGUUGUGUCUGACCUGUAGAUGACCCCUUAUGAUUUAAGGGGUCAUUGGAUCAAAGGUCAAGGUUACAGUGACAUUGAACGAAAAAUGCUUGUCUGUGUGAUAACUUGUCAAUGCCUGCACCCAUGGCCCUUAAACUUAACAUUUAGAUUUUUGGUGACCAGCUGAUGACUACUAUGGAUUUUGAGGUCAUAGAGUCAAAGGUCAUGGUCAUAACACACUCUAUCCUCAAACUUUGAAUGGUCAUAAUCUUAAAACUGCCUCAACGGCAUACAAUGUUAGCGACAAAUCAGCUGUCAUUUCGGUCCAUGCAUAUUUCAUUCAAUUGUCCAUAUAAUCCUGACAACAUUGCGCUCAGGGGGGGCAUAAUGUUUGACAAACAUCUCUUGUUUUAGUUAGGUUUGACAUAUUUUGACCAAACUUGAUAUAUAGGAAGAGUUUAUGGAGACCUUUCAUGGAAUUGCCUUUGAUGCCCCUAGGGUCAAGGUCACUGUUACUAAAAAUAGAUCAAGGAUUGAAUAACUUUAUUAAAGGUUGACUUAUUACCUUUCUUUGGAUUGUGUUUGAGGCUCCGAGAGUCAUGGUCAAGGUCAUUUAUUCUAAUAAUUGAAAUAUGUUUGUACUGAAUACCUUUAGUAAGGGUAGACAUAUUGUGACCAAAAUUGGUAUAUAUAUAU